AUGUUCAUUGCAGUGGAUUCACAAUCUAAUCUAAUUACUAGAAAAUCCGUGUCAUCAUCCCUGCACUCAAUGCUGCGUCGCCCCACACCACCGUCGUCGAGUGGUCGCGGCGGCAGUCGUGCGGGCUCCGGUGCGGAGGUGCACACGCGGACGCGCAGUACCACCUCCAGCGCCGAACGCACAGAACUCAUGCACGCGCCGCCCACACCGCGACCGAACGACACCCGCAACACGCUUGGUAAGAAAGCGGCGUGGUGGUGGAGCGGGGAGCGCGCGGUGCAGAUGCACGCGAGGUUGCGACGCGCGCUGGCGUGCUGCGAGCUGGGACUGGUGCAGGUGUACAUGCCCGCACAGAGCGUGUCCGCCCGCGGGUCCCGCCCCCUGCGCGCCAUGGCCGGCAUGGCGGGACUCCGAGACGCAGUCGAGAGCCACGCCGUACACAAACCAGUUCUAGUGUUCAGGUACUUUGCGAUUUACAAUUUCUAA